AUGCCUGCCGAAACUCACUCGAGCGGCGAUGACUCCGUGCACUUGCCCGACUCCAUCGGGCAUUUCAAGCAGAAACUAAGCUUCAAGACGGAGUAUGCCCCAAGCCGAGUUACCAAGUAUGUGUCCGAGAGGAGCGGCCUGCAGGUCUUUGUGGCCGACAGGAAGGGACCGAAGCACCUCAUCUUCAUGGGCUCCAAGAAUUACCAUUGGAAGGGUCUUCUAGACAAGCUAGCAUCCCGCGCGUACAGCAACACCAACGCCUGGACCGCCACGGAUCAUACAGCCUACCUCUUAGACUCCAUCGGCUGGGAUGGCUUCGCCCAGAUCCUUCCCCUCUACCUCGAGCAUGUCCUUCUCCCCACCAUCACUAACGAAGCAUGUACCACGGAGGUGUGGCACGUUGACGGGGAGGGAAAUGAUGCCGGUGUCGUUUAUUCAGAGAUGCAGGGCGUGCAGUACAAGAGCGCAGAGCUGAUGGAAAUAGCCGCAAAGCGCCUCCUGUACCCCGAGAACGUUGGGUUUCGCUACGAGACUGGUGGCAUGAUGGAAGCCCUCAGGGUCCUUACCCCCGAGCGAAUUCGCGAGUUCCACCGCGCCAUGUAUCAGCCCCGGAAUCUUUGUGUUAUCAUCAUUGGCGAUGUGAACCAUGCAAACCUUCUCGAGAUUCUCGAAAAUUUUGAGGAGAGCAUCAAGGAGCACAUCCCCCUCUGGACAGUCCUUUUAAGAGACUCCGUCCAACCGCCUCCACUGUCGGAGACCAAGGCAGAGUUCACGGACCUCAUCGGACACACGGCCUUGCAAAUCCUCUUGACCUACGUAUGCGGUUCUUCCGCCUCCAUUCUCGAAAACACAAUCGUGGAGAAGGAAAAGCUGGCGAGCGUCGUCCAGUGGUAUACAGAGAAUCGUCCCAAGGCGAUUAUUUGGAUCAACGCCUCCGGCGUCCAGACGGAGAAACUUGAGCAGGUCGAACGAAGGAUCACCGAAGUGUUGGAGGAGGUCGUCUCUAAGCCGUUGGACAUGGAUUAUCUUAAGGCAUGCUUCAACAGGGAAGUUCGUCAGAUCAAAUUCCACGCUGAAGAGUCGUACAGCUUCUUCUCCAGUAACAUUCUCGAAGACUAUCUCUUUGGAAAGAGGGACGGUUCGACGAUCAAGGCCAUGGAGACCUUGAAUGAGUACGAUGUCCUUCGCGGAUGGUCAGAGGAGGAGUGGAGAAACUGCCUCAAGGAAUACCUCGUUGACGCCCAUCAUAUCACGGUGUUUGGGAAACCCUCAAUUGAAAUGGCCAAGAGGCUCAAGGAGGAGGAAACGGCCCGCCUUGCGAAGCGCAAGGAAGAUCUUGGGCCGCAAGGACUUGAGAAACUAGGCAAGGUACUCGAUGACGCCAAGGCGAAGAAUGAUGAGCGCAUCCCCCGAAGUUAUCGCAAGGUGGCCAAACUGGAAAAGGAAACGGUCCAUUACUCUAUCAAUUCCGCGCGGCAGCUUGGAGACCCCGACGGCAGCGCCAUCACAAUCGCACUCGAGCCAGAGAAGUAUUCGACUGUGAUCGGGUGGCUCAAAACGCUCAUGUUCCAGUCCGACAUUGACGAGAAUCGACUCAAAGCCCUCGUUAGCAAACUACUAGCGGAUGUUCCUGAAUCUAAGCGUGACGGCCAAGUCAUGGCGAACGAAGUGGUGCUCGCGCAACACCUCGAAGAGACCAACACAUCAUUGGCAAGGAGGGUGCUUGUCAGAGCCGUGUACCUCAAACGCCUCAAGAAGCUGCUCGAAGCGGAGCCUCAGAAAGUCAUUGACCGGGUCAAGGCAGUCUAUAGCGGUCUCUUUACCCGUGACAACCUUCGUAUUCUUGUGACUGGCGAUGUGUCCAAGAUUCCCAACCCCGUCACAGCCUGGGACACAAUUACCCGGGAACUUCCCUCAGAUGAGGGCAAGGAACUCGAGCCCAUUCCUUUGAUGGACACGCGUCUCUCUGAGGAGGGAAAGAAUCCGGGAAGUAUCGGCGCCGUCAUCAUUCCCAUGACCACCCUCGACACCUCGUUCAGCUUGUCGACGGCCAAGGGAUUGACAUCGCUGUAUGACCCAAGGCUUGCAGCUCUAACAGUGGCUAUCUCGUAUCUCGAGACUGUCGAAGGCCCUCUAUGGAAGGCGGUCCGAGGACAGGGCUUCGCAUAUGGAUCGUACUUUUCCCGAGAUAUCGAGACGGGUUUGAUUACAUACAAAGUGUACCGGUCGCCAUGCGCGACCAAGGCCAUCGCGGCCUCUCAAGAAACCAUUCAGGCUAUUGCCGACGGCAGUGACCCUGUGGACGAGCACCUGAUGGAAGCAGCGGUGUCUCAGAUUGUCAUGAUAUUUGCCGGAGAGCAAAGCACAAUGGCGGCUGCCGCGAUGCAGAGUUUCGUCCUCGGCGUUGUACGUGCCCUCCCACUGGACUGGACGGAACAGAUACUUGCCAAGGUGAGGGCAGUAACUCAGGAAGAGAUGAAGGCGGUGAUGCAGGAGAUCCUGCUCCCUCUCUUUGAAGUAGGAAAGAGCAACGUCGUUAUUACGUGUGCCCAACUUCUACAGCCGGAAAUCGAGAAGGCGCUUACGGAGGCGGGCUACAAGACACAGGUUCAGACGCUCUCGCACUACUACGAAGCGUACGGAUUAGAGGGCGACGCCGACGAGGAUCUAGAGGAUGAUGAGGAUGACGAGGACGACGAGGAGGGUGGCGAUGAUGACGACGAGAGCGGCUCUGGGGAGGAUGAGGAUGAGGAAAUGAAGGAAACUUAG